UCCAAAUGCACCCAUCAGAUAAUUUUGGGUGGAGUAAAACUGUCCAUUUAAAAGAUGCGUGUUGUGACCAACAGAGCACGAGUGGAGAGAAAAUCAAUAAGCCAAAAUGGUCAAAUGGUCCGACUUCGAACGUACCACUAUCCAGGACAUCUUCUCGAAGAUAGAUAAGGAUGUUGUGGGUCCUGCAGCUCUUUCCAGGUGCCUGAUUGUCUACCCCUGGACUCAAAGGUACUUUAGUAGUUUUGGAAACCUCUACAAUGCUGCAGCUAUCAAGUCAAAUCCGAAGGUUGCAGCUCACGGAAAGGUUGUCCUUGCUGGUCUGGAACGAGCUCUCAGUAACAUGGACAACAUCAAAGAAACAUAUGCAGAGCUGAGCGUGCUGCACUCCGAGAAACUGCACGUGGAUUCUGACAACUUUAAGCUCCUGGCUGACUGCCUGACCAUUGUGGUUGCUGGACAGUUGGGUAAAGAAUUCACUCCUGAGAUCCAGGCAGCUUUUCAGAAGUUCCUUGCCGUGGUGGUGUCUGCCCUGAGGAAACAAUACCACUAGAGAGCUUCAGCAAAUAACCUUUCAUCAUGAAUCAGAAAAGGCUCUGAAUAAAUUAAACAAUGAA